UUACUGGCUGGCAGUGAGGAUUUUACUUCGAAGUAAGACAUUUAAGAGUCGCUAGUUUUUACUUUUCUGGGAUACAUUCGUCGAAGAUCGACUUUUCAAUAUAAGAGCGUAUUUUUCGGCUGUCAACACCUUUUAGUCGCCGAGGACAUUUCAAAGAGAAAUAUGCGCACAUUAUACCUCGUGUUGUUUUUAUUUGCUGCUGUCUAUGCUGAGUCGGCACGAGAGACAGAGACAUGGGUUUCAACGGAUCAGUAUGACCAAGAGUCAUCCGGCGACUUCAGCUUUGGGGAAACUGACACAACUGAUGAUGAGGAUUUGGAUCCCAAUGAUGAUGAUGAUGAUGAUGAUGACUACAACGACUACGACGACAUGUCAGGCUCUGGAGACGACUCAGCCAUUGAGAGCAACAGCGAGCUCGUUCCUCCAUUCAAGCCCGAUCUGACAGACAACAGGAUCCCAGAGGAUCCCAUAAUGCCAAAGCAUGACCUGAAGCCCGAUGAUAGCGACUUGGUUCAGAAGAACGAAGUCGGCUUAGCAAAGGACCUCAAGCAUGGAAUGCAGUCACCCAAUGUUCAGAUGGCUGUCGCUGGCAGCGAGAACAUUUUCAACAAAACCGAGGUCCUAGCAGCUGUGAUUGCUGGCUGUGUUGUGGGUGUGCUCUUCGCUGCAAUGCUCAUUCUGUUCCUGGUCUACCGCAUGAAGAAGAAGGAUGAGGGCAGCUAUGACCUGGGGAAGAAACCAAUCUACAAAAAAGCCCCCACUGCAGAGAUAUAUGCGUGAACACACGCGCACACAAACACACCCACACACACACACAUACAUGCGCACGCACGCACACACACACACACCCACACACACACACAUACACUCACACCUUCCUGAACUUUAAUUCACACGGUGCCUCGCAGCCGCCAUGCCGACCUCUCUCUCCCCUUGUUCACCGUUCACUGUGUCAUGCCUGGACAGAACUGGGAGGACAUUAUUAUUACACACAUGCAAAACAAAACCACGUCUCCUCUCCCACGGGCCAACGGAGCUGUUCCAUUGGUUUUUUCCUCAUAAAUCUAACGGGGAUGCGGAAACACUGCUUCAUUUUAUCCAAAGGCGAUCGGAAGAAGACAGUUUCCGUAGUCUCUUGCCAGCAGUGUAGUACAACACAGGAUUCGUUUGUUUGUUUUGCCUCUCUCUUAUUUUUUUU